CUCCGGCUCCGUGGCGGAGCUAACCCCCAACCGAGAGAAGUCCUAGUCAGAGCGCUCGGCUUCAGCUUCAUCACCAUGCCGAAAGGGAGGCGGGCCAAUCCGAGCACCACCCGGGACGGUAUCUGGUUCAAACAAUCUGGAAACCUGCAAAUAUAUCCAGAAUCUCUUACAGCUGCAAUGCAAAAGCAGAUACUUAAUGUAGAUGCUAAUUGUAAAAUUGAAAAAAGUUUGCCGCUGAUGUACAAAGUACGUGAGAAAAAACCAGUAAAUACAUUUCCAUUUUCAAUCCAUGACAAUAGACAUUCUUUAGUGAAUGUAGGAGAAUAUUUAGAUUCUGGGCUAGGACUAAGAAAAUUUCAAGAGAAGUGUCAACACUAUUCGCAAAACUACUGUUUUUUGGCCCACGAACCAAUUCCUAGCAGUAAUGCCUGCCGUACUAUUUAUCAGACUUCAUUUGUCCAAUAUCCAGAUAUUAAGCAUUCCAUUCUGGGUCGAUUUCCCAAAAGCCAUAUUGAUAAAUCCAUUGCUCUACAUUCUGCACCUAAGAAUGAUUACAUGUGGUUUUCAAAAUGUUACACUAGUUCUAAUAAUAUAGCUCCUACUGAGACUACUAAAAGCUCUUUCUCAGAACCUGAACAACUUUUAUCUGCUGAAGAAGAAAUAAAAUAAAUUUUCAGGUUUUCAUAAAAGUGAAGCAUAUUUCACAUAGGACUUAAAAUGUUUCUUUUAAAGAUUAGGGA